AUGGCAUUAUGUUCAGGAUUAUCGCAGAAUAUGAGACUCGGUAGAUCUUCUGAAGAUGUAGCUUAUGCUAAUUGGUUGAGUAGAAUGCCGUAUGAUCAGAACUUACAUGGUUCAAUUAAGUUACCCGAUUAUAUAAACCAAGUUAACUCAAUUGAUGAUUUAUUAGAAAGUAUAUUUCCCCAAGAUUUAUUUUUGAGUGGUCUUGCUGAUCCAGUCCAAUACUUUUCCGAGCGCGCUGUGUUGGCUAUCAAAAAUGAGAGAGUCAAAGAUCUCAAUGAUAUGUUACUUGAGAGAUUACCUGGAGAAUGUACAAUUUUUGAGUCAAUUAAUGAAGUGGAUGAUGGUUUAAAUGGUGCUACUGAUAACAG